AUGAAUAAGAACGUCGACGAAGAUUUCCCGCUAAAAGAUAUCCUAGAGGACGUUCCUAAUGAGGGCACCCAGACGCUUUUUUCGCCAAAAACAAGUUUCUCAGCAGAUGAUAAUGAGCUUGACGAGCAAGGCUUUGAUAAUGCUAUACCGGCUGUUUUGUUAUCGCCGUGCUCACGAAGGACAAGCGUUUCAGAACAAGGGCUAAAACGUGCAUGCUCUGGUGAAUUGCUUGUUCCACCAUCACCGUUUAUUGUUCCAAAAAAUAUUCCCUUGACAGAUCUAGAAGAAGAUCGAAAACAAACAUGGUGUAUUUUUCCAAGAGAUUUGUCUCUUUCGUUACCUCUAACCUCUGCUAAUUCAAGCACCGAUAUCAGAUGUGAUAGUGGAUAUUCCGGAGAAUUUUUGAGCAGUCCAACGCGAGGGGAUGUCGAGGAACAACCAUGUGAAGGUGAUGGAUACUUGUUUGCGAACCAUGCGGGCUGUCGAAUGGCUCCGUUACGAGCUUCAAUAGGUUCUUUAGGUGUUGAAAGCCCACAUGAAGUCAACGAUAGAAAGAUAGAAGAGUUGCCUUUGGCAGCUUCGGCACCGAAUUUACACCAGGACAGGACUGCAGGUUGUAGGCGACCUUCAGCGCAACUUUGUUGUAUACUUCGCACAAACUACACCACUUUAUCCACCCCGGCGAGUUCGGAAUGUUCCUCACCAUUUUCAAACCAAAGUUCUGAAGAUAAUUCAGAUGAGAAAGGGGAGCUUAUUUUUCCAAAUGUAGAAUUCAACUGUUCCAUAGGGGACGAGAGUGAUUUACCUCUGUUGACAGCAACUGAUGCACCUACGCCUAAGACUUCAAGUACAGUGGUAAAGGAUCCCAUGACAUUUUUUUCUCCGAAAGAAAAAAACCGUUGCAAACAGCUCUCUACACCCAAUUUAAGUCUUGGUGAGAAAUGUGUUUCACAGUCAUUGAACUGGAAACGCAGUAAAAAAUCACUUGUUUUUGUUAACGAUUCUCUGGCAGACAAAAACGUAAGUUCAAGGUUAAACACGGUGGACGCAAGAUCAAAUAUGUCAUCAUCAGCUUUUCUGCAUCCAGACUCAGCACGAUGUUCUUUUGAAGAAAGUGCAGCGCCCUCACUUCAUGCAAGUUGUUCAAAUCUGUCGGCCUACCAAAAAAGAAGGGCCUUUUCGCGUUCCAGGCGACCUAAACUUGAGCAUCAGUCUUUAAGUUUGCAGAGCUCUGCUUCAUCUGCAGUUGAGGAGUCAUCGAAUAAAAGUGACACCUCUUCAGUAAUUAGAAGUUUUUUAUCUCUAAUCUCUCCAUCCCGAUUACUUGCAAAGUUGAGUUCGUCUAAACAUAGUGUUCGGAGCACAGACUCGAGAGCUUCUCGACAAAAACGACAACAUAUUGAUUGUCCCGAGGACACCAAAAUUGUGACUCUUAAUGUGAGUGGUAGGUGCUUUAAAAUCAAUGAAUACUUCCUUUCAAUCUACCCUAGUACUUUGCUUGGUAGUAAAGCGAUACUAUACUACUACGACAGAGUUAGAAACGAGUUCUUUUUCGACCGAGAUCCGGAUUGCUUUCGAUACAUUUGGAACUUUUAUCACUCUGGGGAACUCCAUUGUCCACGGGAGGAAUGCCUCCAGUCGUUUUUGGACGAAGUGGCUUUCUUUGGUCUGGACGUCAGCAUGUUAUGCAAUUGCUGUUGGCAAGAAACUUUCGAGCCAGCGUACGAAAAGCUAACAAAACGAAAAGCAGAACAAGAGGCUGCGGAUAAAGAGGCAACUGAGGCUACACACCUUCUUAGGCCGGACGCAGCUUUCAGGGAAAAAGUUUGGAUAACAUUGCAAGAGCCAUCUUUCUCGUUGAUCGCCAAGUUGUUCUACCUUUUGAGCGUUUUUGUGAUUGCUAUCAGCGUCGUAGCAAACACCGCGGAGACUAUUGCGUGUGAAGGCACGAUAAGAAUAUGCAAAGAGGAGAACGAGGAGACGUACUUCAACAUAGAUACGGCGUGCGUCGCGUUUUUUACGUUCGAGUACGUUGCACGGCUCAUGGUCUGCCCGCGCCGUCUGAGAUUUUUCAUAAGCGUCAUGAGUAUCGUUGAUGUGCUGGCUAUUCUUCCGUAUUACAUUAACCUAUUGCUGGAAUAUUUGUCAGUUGGUGCUAGCUCGGGAAUGGAGGCCUUCGUGGUACUGCGAGUUCUGAGAACUCUCCGUGUGUUUAAGCUUUUACGCCAUUCCAAGCGCUUAAAGAAGUUACUUCAGAGUAUGAGAGAUUCGGCAACAGAGCUUGGCUUGAUAGGGUUUGUUUACAUGGUUAUGGUCAUUUUGUUUUCCAGUAUUAUUUACUUUGCGGAGUUGUCGGAGGAUACACAAUUUACCAGCAUACCGCAGGCCAUGUGGUAUGCAGUCAUCACGUCAACCACUGCUGGGUAAGUUAUGUAUUGUACGCGCGAAGUUAAUCUUAAACGAAAACCAAACUUUAUCGCGUCUAUUUGGACCCACUCAA